GUAGUCGCCCUUCCUCUGCGACGGUAGUGACGCGUAUUGCCGGAGGAUGGCGGACGCCGGGUUGCGCCGCGUGGUUCCCAGCGACCUGUAUCCCCUCGUGCUCGGCUUUCUGCGCGAUAACCAACUCUCGGAGGUGGCCAAUAAGUUCGUCAAGGCGACAGGCGCUACGCAGCAGGAUGCCAACUCCUCCUCCCUCCUGGACAUCUAUAGCUUCUGGCUCAAUAGGUCCACCAAAGCCCCAAAGCGGAAGUUACGGGCCAACGGACCAGUGACCAAGAAGGCUAAGAAGAGUAGCUCAUCUAGUGACAGCAGCGAGGAAGAAGAGGAGGCAGUUCAAGGAGUUCCAGCUAAGAAGUCUGCUGUACCUGUACCUGCCAAGAGGGCCAGUCCACCUCAGCGUCCUGGAAAGGCUGUGGCCAAAGCUUCAGAGAGCAGCGGCAGUGAGGAAUCGAGUGAUGAUGAGGAAGAGGAGGACACAAGGAAGACCCCUGUCCAGCGGAAGGGAGUUAAGCCCCAAGCCAGGGUGGCCAGAGCUCCUCCUCAGAAGGCCAGGAGGUCUGAAUCUGAGUCUGAUUCAAGUUCAGAGGACGAGGCACCAAAGAACCAGAAGCCAAAAGCAACACCCGUGGCAGUGAAAGCCCAGGCAAAAGCCCCAGCUAAACCAGGUGCACCAGCUCGAAUAGCCCCUAAGGUGGCCAAUGGCAGAGCUGGUGGUGGUGGUGGCAGCGGUGAUAGCAGUAGCAGCAGCAGCAGCAGCGAAGAUUCAGAGGACGAGACAGCACCAGCCAUCCCCAAGAAGGUUCCUGCCAUACCUAAAAAGCAAGCUGUGACCAAGGGCCCUGCGAAGGCCCCUGUUGCUGCCACCCAGAAGAGUUCCAGCAGUGAAGAAUCCUCCAGUGAGGAAGAAGAGGAACAGAAAAGGCCCGUGAAGAAAAAGCCAGGUCCCUACAGUUCCGUGCCCCCACCCUCUGCUCCCCUACUGAAGAAGCCACUGGGAGCCUUGUCUUCUAAGAAAGCUGUGGAAAAGCAGCAUCCCAAGGGCAGCGAUGAAGACAGCAGCGACGAGUCUGAUUCGAGUUCUGAGGACGAGAAGAAAGCCCCAGCUAAAACAGCCGUCACCAAGGCAGCCACCAAACCAGCCCCAGCAAAGAAGGCAGAUGAGAGCUCUUCAGACAGCUCAGACACUGACAGCUCUGAGGAAGAAGCUCCGUCCAAGCCAGCCAGUAGCUCCAGGAAUCCCCAGAGUAAGCCAGCUGCCACUCCAAAGCCACCUGCAGCUAAGCCAGUAACUGCCACUCCCAAGCAGAUUGCAGGCAGCAGCCAGAAGCCUCUGAUGAGAAAGGCAGACAGCAGCUCGAGCGAGGAGGAGAGCAGUUCCAGUGAAGAGGAGAAGCCGGAGAAGGCUGUGGCCGCCCCAAAGGCGAAGGGGACUGCCAAAGCAGCAGCAGCUCUACCUGCCAAACAGGCUGGUGGGAGUGACAGCUCUGACUCUGACAGCUCCAGUAGUGAGGAGGAGGAGGAAGAAGAGGAGGAGGAGACCCCUUCCAAGUCCCAGGCUAAAAGGAAGCCUGAAAAAGUGGCAGGAGGGGCAGUCCCAUCAAAGGCAGCCUCUGCCAAGAAGGCCAAGGCCAGGAGUAGCAGCAGCUCUUCCUCUGGCGAUUCCAGUGAGGAGGAAGAAGGGGGGAAGCCCAAGGGUAUGGCCACGCCACGGCCCCAAGCUCCAAAGACCAGUGGCACCUUGGCACCGACUGCUCAAAAUGGGAAGGCCAGUGAGGACACUGAGGAGGAAGGGGAGGGGCAGAAGAAAGUGGCCGCCUCUAAGCCAGGUUCCGGAAAGAAGCGCAAGCAGAGUGAGGCAGAGACCCCCCCAGCCAAGAAGGUUCAGCUGCAGACUCCCAACACAUUUCCCAAAAGGAAGCGAGGAGAAAAAAGAGCAUCUUCCCCAUUUCGGAGAGUCAGGGAAGAGGAAAUUGAGGUGGACUCCCGAGUGGCAGACAACUCCUUUGACGCCAAGAAAGGUGCAGCCGGAGACUGGGGGGAACGUGCCAAUCAGGUUCUGAAGUUCACCAAAGGCAAGUCCUUCCGGCACGAGAAAACCAAGAAGAAACGAGGCAGCUACCGAGGCGGCUCCAUCUCAGUGCAGGUCAAUUCGAUCAAGUUUGACAGCGAGUGAGCUGCAGCCGCCUGCCCGCCCGCCCGCCCGCCCGCCUGGACCUGGGUCUCCCUGCUCUGGGGGGUGUGGGUGAGGGCAGGCGUUCAGGGCAAGUGGCGCGCCUGCAGCGUGACAUCCUCUCUGAUCCUUUUCUGGGUCCUCGUACAGAUGUUUUGUUUUUGUGUCUUGAAUUUCAGGGAUAAGGUAAGAGGAAUGGUGUUUUUAAAAUACAUUUUAGUUGUUCCUUUGUUCUGUGGACAUCUCACACUGCAAAAUUUGUAUAUUUUAUAUUAAAUGAUUUCUCAUUGGUUUCUGUUGUGAUUUUCAGAGAUGAGUUCCCACAGCUAAAAUCAUAGCUAUUGUUGAGACACUAAAGAACCACAUGAGUGACUUCGUUGUUAGAGCCUUUCUGUCUGUGAGAACACGCGUCUUCAGCUGUUCUUGAGUCUGUGCCUGUGCCUGUCCUCACACCGUGUCUGGGGCAGGUCAGCUGCGGGGUUAGGGUUAGUUGCAAGCAACUUUUCAGCUAAAAUGCACUGUGUUGUGGGAGGCAGACAGCUAGUGUGGUAUAAGUGGGGUGGGCCCAUCUUUUCUGUAAUUUUGUCUUUUGCAUUUUACUCAGUUUUAAUUUAAAACCAAAUUUGUUACUGUCCAAAGGCAUUUUUGACAGCUUGUCCCUUACAGUCUUGUACAAAGCUGGAGACGACAUCUUCCCAUUUUUACAUCAUUGAGAGCGAAGUAGAACUAACUAU